GGUAUGGUUCUAAUAUUAUACCAAUAAAAGACGGCAAAAAAGUGAAAGUGAAACUUACAUGGAAAAAAUGCUGAUUAAAAAAUCCCCUAAACAAUUUGUGCUUGUAUAGGGAAAGGUGGUGUCAUGGGGUCUGGAACGUAUUUGCAUGUAAUAGUUUAUUUAUUUAUUUAUUUUACAUUCCCUAAGUUUAUUCUUCAUUAAUCGGUCGAAUGAAAGUGUUGUCAUCCUACUUCAAGAUCAAAAGGCAGGUAACUUCCUGUGAAAAGGUACCAAAAGUGGAAUCUUGAGGUUUGGUUUCUGUGAGGAGCGAAACUUGUAGCCUUUUGCACCUAUUGUGGACAGAUUUCUAACUUUGAGAUGAAGCCUCUUUGUUUAGUACUGUUGUUCAUCCUGUCCGAUACAGUGAUUCAUUACUUAUUACAUUAUGGGCUCCUUUGUUGCUACCCUCAGAGUGACAUUGGAUUUGUUUGGGUACUUGGACUUGCUCGUCUCCCUCUGAUGUGCAGUACUGCAAACUUUCUUCUCCAGAAAUGGGAUGCCCGUCCAGAAUGGCUGAGAAAGCUCUAUGCUGUGCUGUAUACCACUGUCCUGUGCCUUACAGUUCCAGUGUAUGAAACAUGGAAGGCAAUCUUCUCCAUUGAAAUUUUCAGUUUAUACUCUGCCCUGUGCCUGUCCCCAGUACUGCACCUGACUGCCAUGUUUGCGACUGUCUUUUGGGAGUGUCUGUUCUUGGGAUGCAAUGACUCAACAGAGGGGAUGACACAGAAGAAGGCAGCAAAGGCUACUUUCAAGAGAUUGUUGAUCUAUUCCAAACCAGACAUCCUCCUACUUAUUGGAGCUUUUGUAUUUCUAACUCUUGCAGUUACAAUGGAGACAUCAAUUCCUUACUACACAGGGAAGAUCAUUGACAUUUUGGGUUCCAAGUACGACCAGGCUGAGUUCUUUGCUGCUAUUUUCUGUCUUUCUGCUUACUCAAUGGGCAGUUCCAUUUCAGCUGGACUCCGAGGUGGCCUUUUUAUGUUUACAUUCUCCAGGCUGAACCAGAGAAUCCGAAACUUCCUUUUCAGUUCCUUGGUGAGACAAGAGAUUGGAUUUUUUGAGUCCACUAAGACAGGUGAUUUAACUUCCCGGCUGUCUGUUGACACACCACGGAUGAGUCGAUCAGUUGCUGCCAAUGUCAAUAUCUUCUUACGUUAUCUGGUGAAAACACUGGGCAUUUAUUAUUUUAUCUUCACAAUAUCCUGGCAAUUAAGUCUGCUUACAAUUAUUGAGUCAUUGGUGUCUGCAUUGAUACAGAUGUUUUAUAACCCAUUCAACAAGAAAAUCAUUGAAAAGAUCCAGGAUUCCAUUGGUCAGUCAAAUUCAGCAGCAGAACAGAUAAUAUCAUCUAUAAAGACAGUGAGAAGUUUUGCUACAGAGGAGGAGGAAAACCAGCGAUACCUCUCUAAACUUGAGAUUACUCAUGUUCUGAAAAUAUGGAAUGAUACCGCCCGUGCAGCAUUCACACUUUCGCAAAGGCUGAUCCAAUUGGCCAUGCAGGUGGCAAUGUUGUAUUACGGACGUCAUUUAAUCCAAGGAGGGCAUAUGAGUAGCGGCAGUUUGGUUGCUUUCAUCAUGUAUCAGAAAGAUCUGGGAACCAAUAUUCGGGCAUUGCUUUAUAUAUAUGGUGAAAUGGUCCAGUCUACAGGAGCUGCAGAAAAGGUUUUCCAGUACUUAGACCGGCAACCAGCCAUCUCAACAAAUGGUGCAUUGAAGCCAGAUCGAGUAAGAGGGCAUAUUCAGUUUAACAAUGUGUCAUUCUGUUACCCAACCAGACCGGAGAAACAGGUCUUAAAGAAUGUGUCCUUUGAAGUGAAUCCUGGUGAGAUCACAGCACUCGUGGGGCCUUCAGGGGGUGGAAAGUCAACCUGCGUGUGUCUCUUAGAACGGUUUUAUGAACCUCAUUCUGGAGAGAUCUUGCUGGAUGGGAAGCCACUUCAUGAAUAUGACUACAAGUACUUACGUUCAAAGGUAUCUCUCGUGGAGCAGGAUCCUAUCCUUUUUGCUACCACGAUCAGAGAAAACAUCUCUUAUGGUCUCUGCACCUGCAACACAGAUGAUGUGACUGCAGCAGCUGUGAAAGUCAAUGCCCACAGCUUCAUCCAAAGCCUGGAGAAAGGAUACAAGACAGAUGUUGGUGAGAAAGGAGGGCAGCUGUCAGGGGGACAGAAGCAGCAGAUAGCAAUUGCAAGGUCACUCAUCCGAGACCCGCAAGUCUUAAUACUGGAUGAGGCAACCAGCUGCCUAGAUUCAGAAAGUGAACAUAAGAUUCAAGAAGCACUGUCCUGUAAAAAGAACCAAACAGUUUUAAUUAUUGCUCAUCGACUGAAAACUGUGGAAAAAGCAGACAAGAUCAUUGUGAUUCAGGAUGGAGCUCUGAUUGAAGAGGGAACUCAUGUUUCUCUAAUGGAGAAGAAGGGUUGUUACUACAGGCUGGUCCAGAGGGCAUUUAAUACAGUGCGCCAUCUGUUGGACGUAAAAGCAACACACGUUAUACUAAAUAUUUUACGAUUCCAUUUCAAUGUUUCCGAUUUACGAUCCAUUUACGAUCAAAUAAUGCAAACUGUCAAUAGCGGGGUUGGAGAAAUCUUCUUAGAUGCGCCAGGAGGAACUGAAAGUAAAUUACUUGAAGAAAUAGAUGUGCUUGAAAAUAUUAUAACAGACAUGCCAUGCUAUCAUGAAUCAUCAGAUUUGUACCAAAGUUUCUUGAAUCGUAUUAGUGCUCUUGAUGUAAAGUUGCAACAAAGAAAAAAGAAUAAGUUAAAAAGAGACAUAGAUGACUUUAAAUGUAAUCGCAUCUUCUCAUGGCCUCGAGAAGAUAGUAAGCAUUUUGUCUAUAGGAAUAUGACACAAAAUGUAAAUGGAAAUACAAAAUCUAACUAUUUAGAUCAAUUAGAUACUUUUGAAUCAGUAAGGGAAAUGUCUAGUCAAGCAACUAACAGAACUGCUUUAGCGAAGAAUGAUUCUAUAUCCCAUGCUUCAGAUAUAGAUUCUGUACCUUUAACUGACAAACGUGACGCUACGCAGAGCGUGUUGGCAAAUGCUUUGGAGUCGAAAAAGGAUCCAGCAGUGCACGCCAAAGUCAGAGAUGUUAAAGCAACUUCUGACUCGAAUAAUGAAGGUGCAACCAGAGAAAGUAAUGCCACAACCGUCAACGAAGAUUUCUCAGCAGAACCAGCAAGUGCAGCAAACUACUGCCAUGGGAAAAAGGAAGUACAUCAGUCUGUUAACUCAGAACAAAAUAACCAAACGGUGAAAAUUUUUAAAGGUACUGUUAAUUUAUCUAAUUUUCAACUAACUGAAGCACAUUUAUCACUUUUAAGCAAAGGUAUGAAAUUAAUUCCAAAUGCUGCGGACAAUGUUGUACAAGCUAUUACAGAUUUGAAACUUUUCUUAAGACAGGUUAGUUUAAAAAUGCUUUUUAAAAAUGACAAUGUGAAUAUGUUAGAUAGAUGUAAGAAAUUAAGUGUGUUUUCACCAGAUUUGUGCCCUAUUUUAAUUGCUUUCUCUAACAUUGUAGAGCAUGAAUUACAUAAAUAUUAUAGUAAAAGUAUGAUUAAAGGUAGAUAUAACAUAACAUAUCUGGAAUAUUUAGCUUUAAAAGAUUUACAAACUUGUGACCGAAUAAUUGUAAAACAAGCAGAUAAAGGGGGUGGGGUGGUUAUAAUGGCCAAGGAAGUAUAUUUUGAAAACUUUAAGCAACUUCUUAGUGAAGAGGAUGUCUUCAAGAAAAUAACUUUUUUAGAGGCACAACAACAAGUUGUAUUAGUUAAUAUGGCCAUAUAUGAGUUACAACUUAAUGACGAUCUGAGUAUUGAUUUGUUUAAUUAUUUGGCUGUCCCUUGUCCUAGGAUUCCCCAAAUUUAUGGUAUUCCAAAGAUCCAUAAGGACUUAGAAAAUCCACCACUGAGACCUAUAGUAUCAGGUGGUGGAUGGAUCACAGAGCCCAUUUCUAAAUAUUUGCAGAAUGUAUUGGGCAAGUAUUUACAAAAGUGUUCCACAGUACUUAAGGAUACUAAUGAUUUUUUGGACACCUUGUAUAAAUGGUGUAGUCUGUAUGAGCCAAAAGAGUAUAUAAUGGUAACUCUUGAUAUAACAUCACUAUUUACCGCUAUACCUAAUACAUAUGGUGUGGAAGCGAUACGAACAUUUUUGAAUGGAGAAAUAAAAAUGAAUGGAAGGGAAAUAGAAAAUAUCUGUACACUUCUUGAGAUAGUGUUAUCACAUGAUGUAUUUAUAUUUGAUGGAGAACCAUAUUUGCAACUAACUGGGGUAGCGAUGGGUACCCCAGUUGCUAACACAUACGCAAACCUGGUUUUGUAUGAAUGGGAGAAGGAGGUAAUACUAAAUACAGAUUUUAAAUUAAAUGAGAAAAUACUUCUCUAUAAAAGCUUCAUUCGUGGGCUGGCUGCUGAUAGAGAGGACCUUGGGGUCUUUGGACUCGGUUCUUCUCAAGGGAACACUGUGGGGUCUGAUUUGGUUGGUUCAGAAUCCAAUUGCAGCAUGCUUUUUGACAAUUUAAACAAGCAUCUUAGAUCACUCAGAUCUAAUAUCUGGCAUAGCAAAUUAUUUAAAGCUUACCAGACUGCAGGAAUCACUCCAAGGGGACUGCGUAUACGCACUAUUCCCCAUGUUACCAAUGCGGAUGAUGAACUCAAUCAACGAUGGUAUAAAAUACAACAAGAAGCAACUAUGGCAUUUGUUGUUGAACUAUUUAAGUUUCAUAACAGGGCCAUUGACAAAGAAUUGGAAGAAAUUAAUAUUUUGGUCAGCAAACUAAGGGUUUAUGAGGAGGAACCGUUUUUUAAGAAAUCACUAAAUAAUGUGGCUUCAGAUUUACGGAAGCUUGACACUGAACUUAAGUCCAGAAAAAACAAAAAAUUUACCAGGGACCAGGAGGAUUACAAAAGGGACACCCCAUUUUUAUCUAGUUCUAAACAUGUUAGGUUUUCUACAAUGCCAUUUAAACCCACCAACAAGAGGAAACGACCAAGAUCAAUCCUAAGAAGGCAUGAUACGGAGACCACUUCCUCUUUUGAGGAUACCUCAUCAUGCACUGAUAAUGAAUCUACAGCAGUCUCAGGGUCACCAACCCCAAAAAAAACACCAGGGUUAACCCCUUUAGGCCCAAAACCAAGCGGGGCGGACGCAAACACCGCAGAAAUAGACAACAUUCAGGGUUUUACUGUGUCCGAGGAAUCAUUUGCUCAGGAUGUUGUUGCUUUUUGUCGUCUUUUGAAUUUAAAGUUGUUUUUUGGUGAUUCUGACUCUGCUUAUGAUCAUGAUAGAUUUACAUACCACAAAUCCAAUUUCUCACCACCAAUGCAUCAGAUGGUAUUGCAGUUUCAGAAUAGCGUACUCAAGGAUUUACACUUUUUGGGUUCAGAUAUUCCAUUAAAACAUAACAAUUUAUCUUUUGAUGAAAAACAAGCUAUUCUGGAACUCCAAAAUAAUAGGGAAAUUGUUAUCAUUUCAGCUGACAAAGGUGGUGCUGUGGUUGUUUUAAAUUGGGUUGAUUACGACAAUGAGGCUAUGCGACAACUUAAUGAUCAAAGAUAUUACUCGCAUAUGUCCAUAGACCCAACCAACAUGUUCAGUAAACAGAUAGAGAGGUAUUUACAACAAGCUAGGGAGGAGGCUAUCAUAACUAAUGAUACUAUGAAUCAACUUUUGGUCCAUGAUCCCACCAAUCAAUACAUUUAUUUUCUGCCUAAAAUUCACAAAGAUCUUUUUCAUCCACCAGGCAGGCCUAUUGUAUCUGGUAGAGGAUACUUCACCGAACCCCUUUCAUUAUUUCUGACCAAACAUCUAAAACCUUUGUUACCUAAUAUCCGAUCACGUCUACAGGACACCACAAACUUCCUACAGAUUGUUUCUGACACACAGCUUGAGCCCAGUUGGUUACUAUGUACUUUGGAUAAAGAAGUCCAUGCUGACAUCAUGCGUUCUUCUUUAAGAAGAAUGGUGUGGCGUGCUGACAUCAUCGCAUAUUUUCAAGUUUUGCGGGAACUCACAUGGACGGACGGUUUUGGGGUUUGCAAGAGGAAAAUGGGACCCUGGCGAGAACUGAAAGCGGAUGGAUUAUGGCGGGAGAAGCAGCGGAAGAUGGGACACUUUCAGAAAUGCCUACAAGUACCAAUGAAGCUGACCUACUUGCUUUUGGGAUUUGUCUUGUUUGACAGCUUUUCUCAUUAUUUGUUGCACUGGGUACUACUUCAUUACUGUCCUUUCAGGAACAUCUGUUUUAUCUGGUUGCUGAGUUGCCUUCGAUUCCCUCUAACAAGUGGUGCUGCUGUAGGACUUCUUAAGAAAUGGGACGCUCGUCCUGGAUCAGUUGGAACUUUUCAUGCCUUCCUAUACAGUGUGAUUCUCUGUUUUGUAUCACCAGUAUGUGAAACCUGGAAGCAGAUGCUUCUUUUGAAGUCUCCAGAGAUCCAUUCUGUUCUACAUCUGUCUUUGGUGAUGCACCUGGCUUCAACAACAGCAGCACUGUUGUGGGAAUUCCUGUCCCUGGCAGAAACAUCACUGUUGGGAAAGAAAUACGGAGAAGAUGCUCAUAAGGGAGACAAGCAGAAGGCUGAUAAAGCUACUUUCAGAAGACUUUUAGUUUACUCCAGACCAGAUGUCAUAUCACUUUCUGUUGGAUUUACAGCUCUGUUUCUUGCUGACAUAAUGGACACGUUCAUUCCAUACUAUACUGGGAAGGUUAUUGAUAUUCUUGGUUCCAAACACAAGCAGGAUGAAUUUGUUAUUGCCAUAUUCUUGAUGUCUUUAUUUUCCGUGGGCAGUUCUGUCUGUGGCGGACUGCGAAGUGGCCUCUUAACGUAUACGUUGUCCAGGCUGAAUCGGCGAAUUCGAAACCUCCUUUUUCAGUCUAUAGUACAACAAGAAAUUGGGUUUUUUGAAUUUAACAAAACAGGUGAUCUUACUUCUCGAUUAUCUCUCGACACUGCUGCUAUGAGCCGAUCCAUCUCUGCUUAUGUGAAUCUUUUCUUGCGCAGCCUUCUGAAAACUCUGGGCAUCUCAUACUUUAUGUUCCGAUUAUCCUGGCAGCUGACACUACUUACAUUAAUUAAGUCCCCAGUGUUUGGACUGGCCCAGAAAUUCUACAAUCAGUACAAUCAGAAAUUAGUACAGAAUGUGCAAGAUUCCAUUGCCAGAGACAAUGAUAUAGCUGGAGAAGCAGUGUCUUGUAUUAAAACAGUGAGGAGUUUUGCCACAGAGGAGGAGGAGAUACAAAGAUACAAUGCAAACCUUGAUGUCACGUACCAGCUCAUACGGAAGAGAGAUGUAGGCCAAGCUACCUAUUCAUUCAUCAUGAGUGUGAUCCAGUUGUCUCUACAGGUAGCUGUGUUGUAUUUUGUCCAUAGUUUAAUCCAAGAAGGACUCAUGAGUACUGGCAACUUUGUUGCUAUCCUUCUAUACCAGGCAGAUUUGGAAUCAUACAUUCAGAGUAUGAUACAGUUAUUUGGGGCAAUAAUGUCCUCAGUUGGUGCAGCAGAAAAAGUGUUUGACUAUUUAGACAGAGAGCCAUGUAUCUCAACUGAUGGAAAACUGAAGUCAGAGGAACUGGAAGGACACGUUCUUUUCAACAAUGUCUCAUUCAGCUAUCCAACAAGGCCAGAGCAACAGGUGCUAAAGAAUGUCUCCUUUGAAUUGAAACCUAGACAAAUCACAGCACUGGUUGGGCCUAAUGGCAGUGGGAAAUCAACUUGUGUCCGCCUGCUGGAAAGAUUUUAUGAACCUAAUUUUGGAGAGAUUCUUCUUGAUGGUAUACCCUUGAAUGAGUAUGACCACAAAUUCCUACAUUGUAAGAUAGCACUUGUGGAACAGGAGCCUGUUCUUUUUGCUGCAUCGAUCAAAGACAACAUUUCAUACGGCCUCAGUAAUUGCAGCAUAGAUGAUGUGAUUGCAGCAGCCCAGAAAGCCAAUGCCCACAGCUUCAUCCAAGGUCUGGAGAAAGGCUAUGAGACAGAUGUUGGAGAAAAAGGGGGACAGUUGUCAGCAGGACAGAAGCAGAGAAUAGCGAUUGCUCGAGCUCUUAUACGUAACCCACAAAUCCUGGUGCUGGAUGAAGCAACCAGUUGUUUAGAUCCAGAAAGCGAACAGUUGAUAGUAGAAGCAGUGUCCAGGAUGAAGGACCAAACAGUCCUUGUCAUUGCACAUCGACUGAAGACCAUAGAGAAAGCCAACAAAAUCAUUGUGAUUGAAAAUGGAUCUGUGAUUGAAGAAGGAACACACAUUGAUUUAAUGAAGAACCAAAGUCGUUACUAUCGAAUGAUUCAGAAAAUAUUUGGUCAAAGUGGGAUUCAAAAAAAUGUCUGUUAGAAAAAAUGGAGGAAUUGUAUAGACUGUUCUGCUACUAUUUUUAAAUUAUGCUGACUGUAGAAGGUAUUGACAAUGAAACUGUAUGCUAAUUUAUUUAGACAUUGACUUACAGUACAUUAAGACAUUGACUUACAGGGACAAUAGCUAAGCAGCAGUGAGUGCAUUAAAGUGAUUUUGAUGCAGAAAUUUAUGAAGAUGGAGAAGUGUGCAUCAUAACAAUUUACUUAUAAUUUUCUGAUACCCACUUACCCUGUUCAUGGUUGUAGAGAAGUCAGAGCGUAUCCUGGCAACCAGUGGGAAUAAGGCAGAAAAACAAAUCCUGGUUAAGGGACACACAAUCAUACAUUGUGCACAAACCUACAGAUAGUUUAAGGAGUCACCAUUUCACAAAUAUGCAUGUCUUUUGGAUAUGGGAGGAGACCAGAGCAUGUGAGGCCUCUAAAAAGUGAGCCAAAAAAUUGACAGAAAAGUAGAUUGCUGUAGUGAGAAAAAUUAUUCAAAGUCAAGUGUGCCGUCUUUACUGGAGAGUUUUUCCUUUCCCCACUGCUGUGGGACUGUGGAGUUAGCAUAUGUGAUUGGGGGAUGGUGGGGAUGGCCCCUGCAGGAACUCUUAUUUAUGUAAUUGUGGGUGGGUUUUAGGGGAGUUAUGUUCCUGAUCAGCAGUGAUUGGGAAAUGCUUUUGAAAACACUCAUAGCUCAAGUUUUCAUUUAAUUAGCAAUUAAAAUACUGUACAAGAAAAAGAAACAAUGUGAAAUAUAAGAAAACAUAUCCAUUAAAUUAGAGAGACUCAUAAAAUAUGAUGCUCAUUUGGAAUGUGCAGCUAGGGGCAGGGCUAUUUCAUAAACAUAGUGUGCAGCUGCGUAAAUGAAUUUUGUGCACAGUGCUUAUUAUGACACCUGUCAUUCCCACAUUUCGUAUGUAUGAUGAUAUUAAUGACAGGUGACAUCCAAAUGAAUGGAAAUAUAUUUGAAGUGGUCAACAGAACACAGAGUACACUGCUGUUUUCUAUGCCCUCAGAUGACUGAAUUGUUGUGUGCUUGAUAGUGGAGCCACACACAGCGGGGAACGCCUGGGUAAGGUAUGCUUUUAUAUUACAUACCAUACCCAGAUGCUGUUCCCACUUCCCUGCUCCAGUGUGGUUUGAUGUCAUGUUACACAGUGAUUCAAAAAUAAUGCCCAUUCAUUAAUUAUGACAGUUGACUUGGGUCAUUGCCAUAAUAUGUUAAUGAGUGGAUCUAGUGAACUUCCAUUGGUGGGAGCUGAGCAGUAUCCAUCAGUAUCACUGUGUGGGGGUAGGGACAGUAUAGUUUUGGUAGCAAGUUUGCCUGCACCAAAGAGAUUCUAUUGCCAGCAUGGGUUUUCCUACCAUACAAAGCAGUGUUUUUUUAACUGUCAUAAUGUUGCUACUUAGCUCUAUAUGCUAGGUAUUCAACAGGUAUGGGGAAUCAACAUGGUCAGAUGCACCUCACCAACUGUAGGUAUUUGGUUCUGGUCCCAUAACUUAUGUAAUGUGGACCAGCCUGUAUUCAGGUGGUAUAUUGGCUCUGAAUCAUGUGUGAUCUUGGGAAUCAUUUGCUUGUGUGUUCAGUGCACAAAGCACUGUGGCUACACACUGGACAAUCUACAAGGUUUUAUGUCUUUGUGUCACAUUCUUUAUAAAUCAUGUUGGAUUUUGAUACUGCAUACCAACCCUGCUUCAUGAGGUAUGAUGUUCAUGAAUUCCACCCUCUGAAAAGAAAGACAGUAGCAGAUAUUGGUAGUUGAUGAAAGAAGAAGAAAAUAGAGGCAUUGCUGAUAGUCAGUGUGUUAAACACCAUAAGGUCAUAUUAAUCACAAACAGAGGACAGUGCACACAAGAGUAACAUGAAGAUUAAAUUAUAAAGGAAGAGCAAGAGAGUGGUUGCAGUACAGUAACUGAGAGAGGCUACUUGUAGGGAAAAAACAGUUAAAAGAACUGACAGAAAUAAGGUGAUGACAGCAGGUUACAAAUUAUUAUGGUUAGGAAGAACAACUGUAAGUUUUGCAUAAGUAUAUAAAUAAAGCAAGAAGAGGUAAUAUAAAAGAAAUACAGGAACGAGAGAUUCAAGACAAAUCAAUAAGUAAUAUGAAAACAGCAUUAACUUCACUAUACACUGUCUUACUGGCAAGUCAACAAGACAUUUUGGAAAUGAUUGAACACAGUUAAAAGAGAAGGCAGUAAUAAGAAUAGCUGAGAAAUUAUGUUGAAUAGUUACAAAUCUAAAAGAAAAUCGGUAGACAAGAAAGUAUACAAAUAAACAUCUUGGAAGUGAAGGCAUGAAUUAGUAGAAUGACUAACUUGAAUUUACAACAAAAGAGUUGAAGAUGUGUAUAGGUAUAUACAUGUGUGGCCAUAUUACCAGGAGGUUUACUGUUACAGAUGAUUUUUUUUCUGUACUAGCAUUGUAAGUGCCCCUAACAAUAUGAAUCAUAAAAAAAUGAAAAACUACAAAAGUAGAAAUAUCUGACAUCACAAUAAGUUAGGCAACUCUUGCUACAAAAUAGGGUGGUUAUUGAUAACUACAUGAGACAUAAUGUAAUAAUCUAUAUGACAUAGGACCUGCAACAAAUAAAACAUGCAGAACAAAAAAAAAGAUAUCCCACGGUUGUUGCCUAUAAAUAUGCAAACUCUAUUGCCGAAAUAAUAAUAAAUAUGAAACAUAUGUCAAAAAUAGUGUAAACCUACUAUGCAGUAUGCAGUACCACGGUCUAUCCUUUUGUGGUGCAGUGGUUCUUGGUACAGUGCUUGUCCUCACCAUCUUCCUAUUGAUGGUUUUGUGCUGUGGGUGCAUUGCCCCCACUGGAACUGUUUAACCUGUGCUGUGCUUAAGGUUUGCUAGUGGAGUUGAUGGAUUCAUGUUAUGUAAUAGAAGCCACAGUAAAUGAAGACACUGCAGUCAAAUUCAAAAAGCUGAAAUACAAACAGAAUAAAUUAGAUGAAAAAGAUGUGUUUUGCGGGGUGGGGUACGUCCCCUUGAUUAUAUGUGCUAAUGCAACACUUUCUUAGCUAUGCUAAAAGAGCAGAUGCCUCAUUUGUAGAAACACUGAUAUUAGCACUGCAAUUGUGGUGCUCUGCUACAGUAACACCAAAUAUAUAAAAAUAAAUCACAGAAAUAAACAUAGUAUAGUAAUAAAAACAGUGACCAUAAAAUCAAAAUUAUACACCAUAGCAAAAACCACAAAAAGUUGCAAACAAAGAUUUAUUUGACAAAGCAGGAUCUCUUCAAUUCUGACUCAAUAAAAUAGAGCAGAAUAGAACAGUAUGUAUAAAAACUGCUGCUGAUUACUUCUAGGAAGUUCUAGAGGUCAUGGCAUGACUUGAGUCACAGAUAAAACACUUUAUAAAGUAUAGUGACCGUCAUUCAUAGUAGACAUUGAUGGUAACAGGGCACUGAAAGGCUAUCAUCUGGUCAGACCACCAUGAUAAGAUCCAAUUGAUGUUUCACUCAUCCCUGAGGUGUGGAUGAACCUCUCACCAGGUAGUAGCUGAUGCUGUGACUCACCAGAAAGUACAGUCAGAACAACGUUUCACAUUUUACAUAUUUACAUAGGUAUUCCACCACAAAAAUUUGUUUUUACAUUUCUCAUUAUAUUUAGUGUAGAUAGGAGCUACUAUAUCAAGACAACUAUUUGAGUGUAAAUAGUCAGAGACACAGGCAGCAGCUUUAGCAACGGGAUCCAUUGUAAGAGGAUUAUAGCAGAAUUUAUUUAGCUCAUCAAGUAACUGAAGAAGAUUUGCUUUUGAGAAGGGGAAAUACCACCAGUUUUAAAAGGUCAAUUAUUUAUAGUCAAAUUUAACAAGGCAGGGUGAUACAUAUACAGUGGUGCAAGGAGUGGCCAUAUUUGUGAGGACUACAUCAAGGAAAUCAGGGCCCCUAGUAAGAUGCUUAGUUAUAUAAAAGAGAGUCCGCAUUUAUAAUGUCAAGGAGAUGGUGGGCAUGCUGGCCAUUGACAGUGUAGGUCAGCCAGUUUAUUGAUUGAAGUCCCUCAGAAGAAAGGUGUUAAGUUUCAUGGAGAUUUCAGCUCAGAUUAAUGCGUUAACAUCACUAUCAUAUAUAGAAGAGGACAUACAGGGUAUUCUACAAACAGUAUGAAGUAGUAAUUAGCCUUGUUUAUGGUGAUUUGGACAUCUUUGAGUUCAAAUGUGGUGUCUUGAGGAACUUAUUGUGAGGUGAUGAUAACCUUGACAAAUAUUAAUACUCCCCCAGAAAUGCUGUAGGCCUGAAGAUAUGAUAAACUCUAUACUUAUGAAUAAAGGAAGUGCAAGUGCAUCCUGGAAGAAAGCUGUGGCGGCUAUAAUACCGAAACAUCACAAUGACCCAUAGGGCCCAGCUUCAUUAAGACACAUUUCAGUGUUUAAAGCAUGGUUAUAAAGCAUUUAUGUCUAUAUUAGCUUAAAGGAUGGCAAAGGUGUUGCCAUAAUAGAUAGAUACAGCUAAAAGUGGUUUUGUGGAGGUGAAGCACAGAUUUAACAACAUUAAUAGAAC